GAAGCUGCACCCAUCCCAUCAUCCACACUAAUUACAACUCUCCCCCUCACAGAGAUCCCAAAUGUGACGUUAUUUUCAGUGCACUUCCCAUUCCAACAUGACGACCACGGAACACAAACACAACAAUAUCCACAAGCAAAUGGGUUGUAUGGCAGGAUUCCUCCAAAUCUUCGAUCGCCACCACAUUAUCACCGGAAAGCGCCUCCCUCCGGUCGGUGACGCCACGUCGGAUUCGGGAAAAUCAUCCCCUGAUUUGGGGAAGCAGACUCCGCCACCGCCGCCUGAGCUUCCGCCCAAAUCCCCACUCCCGCUGCCUGUAUUCGAAUUGAAAGACGGCGUCAGAUCGUCCUGGAAGUUUCGGAAGGAAGCGCCGCGGCUUUCGCUCGACAGCCGCGCCACCACUGAUGCCAAGGGCAGCCUCCACCCCAAACAAAUCCCAACCGCCGAGGAACACCGCUCUCCUAGCGUCAUUGCCAGGCUAAUGGGGCUGGACCAAUUGCCAAAUUCAAAUUCAUCCGAUUCGAAUCUGCCGGAGCUCCGGCGAUCCGCUUCCGAAUCCAGAGUCUCCAGAGAUCUAUUCCAAUCGCGAUUGAUGGCAGCUGAUUCCAAUUCCACCACUCUGCAUCCCAAGCCUCCCGCCCCGCAAUCGCUUUCAUCUCAUCACAACAACGCCUCGCUCAAUCCACAUUACACAGAUCCAAGGAAACAAUCCGUCAAAAAAGGCGACGUCUCCACCGGAUUCAGCAGAGGCGGUGUGAAUUCGGUGUCGCCAUGGCGAGCUCCGCAGCCGCGCAAAAAUUUCUUCGACGUCUUCCCGGAGCCGAAGCAGAACAUAUCAAUCUACGGCGAAAUCGAGAAGCGUCUCAGAAUGCGAGGAGUCGACGAGCCAUCAAAGGAUUUAGAGACGUUGAAACACAUACUCGAAGCUCUCCAGCUCAAGGGGCUUCUACAUUCCAAACCGCCGCCGCCGAACCACGUCCGCCACCGGAACUUCAUCUACGACGACUCGCCGAUCGUUCUCAUGAAACCGACGCCUUCAAAACCAGCCAAUGGGCGGAAACAAGUGAACGGAGUUCGCCGGAAUUACAGCCUUAGCGGUGAAACCUCCCCGUCUCCUAGUCCCCGGAGGGAACGAAAUGCUCGCAGCCCUACCCGUUCAGGCCGUAGCGGGAGCCCGAUUUCCCGGAGUGUGAAGGCGAGUCGGUCAAACUCGAAGAGGAGUGUGAAUGAGUCAACUCCGGUCCGCUCGCCGAAGAUUAACGGAAUCGGACCAGACCGGUCACCGCGGUUUAAGAAACCAACAGUUGUGAUCAACCAAAAGGAGAAGAUCGUGACCGUUGAGGAUGCUUACUCGUCUGUUUCCGAGGGCACGGUGGAAACACCAACUGAUACAGAGGGAAAGAGUUUAUUGGAGAGGUGUGAUAAGCUGCUUCACAACAUAGCGGAGUUUGCUGCGGCCGACAUGCAGCCCAGCCCGGUGUCGGUUCUCGACCCCUUCUUCGACUCGUUGACGCCGUCGCCCGUUACGACUAAACGGAAUAUUCAUUUCAAAGAUCAUUAUGGAGAGUCGGAGGAAGAAAUCUGGAGCCCCAUCGUCUCCCCUAUCUUCUCCAAACGCUUCGAUUCUGACUGCGAUUAUGUGUACAUCUCAGACAUCCUACGGGCAUCACAUUAUCUCCCAGAGGAGUCGGAUGUCUUUCUUUUACUUGAGAAGCAGCAACAUAUCAAAGGGAAUGAUACGUCUAAAGUGUCGAGGCUUCAGAGGAAGCUCAUCUUCGACACCAUCACUGAAAUCCUUGCUAGGGAGGCGUGGCUGCCUCCUUGGAAGGCACGCCACAGCGCCAUGACCCUCGACAAGGUGUGGUCCGAGUUUCAAAAGAUUCGAGAAUGUGACACUGGUCAUGAGGAUUUGUUCGAGACCAUUUGUGGAGUCCUGAAGAAGGACCUAGCAGGGGACGGGUGGGGGGAUUGCCCGAUGGAGGGAUCGGAGGUCGUUCUCGACAUUGAGAGGAUGGUGUUCAAGGAUUUGGUGUCUGAAACAAUCGAGGAUCUAUCCUCAUCAUCAAUCAUGAUGCUUAGGAGGAAGUUGGUUUUCUGAGGAAAAGAAUGAAGGAUGGUUUAUUCACGUGGGAAGGACUGAUAAUUCAUGUGCUAGUGCAUUGUUGUGUGUUACUUUUUGCUUCUUUUAUUUUCUAAUUUUUUAAUCAAUGGGAAAUGCUGCGAUUUUAACGGUCACUUUAUGCUAGGAUUGUUGUAAACUAAAAUACAUUAUUGGAAUAAUAGUUGAGCCAAAAAUCAAGAUUCCGAGGUCUGAG